UUCAGGUUUAGGUUCAGGUUCACGUGGUCAAGCUUGGGACACUUCAUAACCCCCUCCCCAUCCCCUCCCCCCUUUCUUCAAACACAACAUAAGAUUGUAGCAGUGAUUUGUGUUUUUUUUCUCUCUUUAUAGCUUUCUGAUUUUGUUUAUCUACCUACCUAGUUUGAGAGAUUGUUACUACCGAGGCCGGCGGUACUUGAUAUCGCAUUGCAUGGUUUUGAUCUUUAUUUUGUGCUUUUCAUUUGUAAUUAUUAGGUUUGUUGUCUCUUACGGGGACACACGUGAGCUAUUCGUAAUCAGGGUGAAAACAGCAGUUUAUAUGGAGAGCAUGGAGUCGAGGCUCAGUACUUAUCGUCUAUCCCCGCCCCGCCAACCCGACUCACUCCUACGUGCUUCCCCGCACGCGUUUUCGGACUGGGGAUCUCCUGUAUCUUCACCGCCUUCCAGGGCGCCAUCCUCUCCCCGGUAUGCCAGCCCAGAGCGGGUAGCGAGAUCCGGCCCAAAUUUCAUGUCGCGUGAGCUCCGCCGUGUGUUGAAGAAAUCAACACUAAGCACCGACUGGGUUUUGGGCCUGCGUGCGGAACUACCUAUUCUAGCCUAUCCGGAGAAAAGGUUGAACAGGAUUUCAUCCUUGCACGCCUGCCCGCCUCCUGGCCUGACUAGGUCGUUAAUUAUUAAAUAGAGAUAGGCGCAGCUUCUCUUUCAUUAGGAGUUUUUAAAAUCGGGCUUCCCUCUGGUGACUUGCAAACGUCUUUCAAUCUUUAUUCUCGUUAGCUGCUAUGUUAUAACAGAUACUCUUCUUCAAUCACUGCUACCUUACUGCAACAAGAUACGGGAGAGG